AUGAGGGUGCUCAUGCUAAAGAAUAAAACCACCCCGGUAGAUUCGUACCAUGAAACGUUUUGUGCCGAGGGCCACGCCCCAGAGUUCAUUCCUUUACUAAACCAUGGACCAGUCAGUGUGGAGGAGACCACUGAGUUCCUUUGCAGCCAUCAGUUCCUCAAUGAUACCGAUAGAUUCAUCAUCACCUCCCAAAGAGCAGUCGAAGUGUUUCAUCUUUGUUUAAAUGAGAUCUCUCAGAGAAGUAUAGAUAUGGCACAGAGAAUACGAUCCAAGGUAGGCUACACUGUGGGUCCAGCUACGGAAGAGAUCCUAAAGGCUAACGGGUUUAGCGAUGUCAGAGGAGGGUCUCAUGCUGGAAAUGGAUCUGUUUUGGCUGAUAUUAUUCUCGAGGAAUUGGCCCAGGAGGAAAGGAACCAACGCAUAGUGUUCUUCACUGGUAAGAUACGAAAGGAUAUCAUUCCAGUGAAGUUGAAGAAGGAAGGGGUGAAUAUUGAAGAAGUGGUGAUUUACAAGACAGAAUGUAAACACGGAAUUGUGGAUGACUUCUUGCAUCGGUGCCAACAGCCUGUUGACUGGAUAGUGUUCUUCAGUCCCCAAGGUACGGAGGCCAUUGUGGAGCAUUUGCAGAGACAGGAUAAGGAGACGCUUAGAAAUACCAAGGUGGCCAGUAUCGGGCCUACCACUGAAGAAUACUUGGUUUCCAAGGGUAUCCAUACCCAUGUGGUGGCUGCAAAGCCUACAGCCUCGUCGCUCCUUGAGUGUCUCCAUUGCAUUCGUAACUAA